GAGUCGCAGGCGGGUGGCGGCGGCCGUGCUUGGUAGUGAGGGCGGGAGGGAGUGAGUCACUGAGCGUGUGUGAGGGAGGGAAGGAGCAGGCGGGCGAGCGAGCAGCCCGCCGCCGUCCGCCCGCAGCACCAGCCAGGCCCCGCCACCGCCCCGCAGCCCAGCGCCGAGGCCGGGCCGAGCCGAGCUGGGUCGGGCCCGGGCCAUGCUGCUCACCGUGUACUGUGUGCGGAGGGACCUCUCCGAGGUGACCUUUUCCCUCCAGGUCGACGCCGACUUCGAGCUGCACAACUUCCGCGCGCUGUGCGAGCUCGAGUCCGGCAUCCCCGCAGCCGAGAGCCAGAUCGUUUAUGCUGAAAGACCCCUCACAGACAACCACAGAUCGCUGGCUUCCUACGGCUUGAAAGACGGGGACGUUGUGAUUUUACGACAGAAGGAGAAUGCAGACCCUCGACCUCCAGUGCAGUUCCCAAACUUACCCCGAAUAGACUUCCGUAGUAUAGCCGUGCCUGGCACGUCCGGCUCCCGGCAGCGCCCGCCACCAGGAGCACAGCAGUCCCACUCAUCUCCCGGGGACAUAGCUUCAUCUCCUCAGGGCUUGGACAAUCCAGCCUUGCUCCGAGACAUGUUGCUGGCCAACCCCCACGAGCUGUCCUUGCUGAAGGAGCGCAAUCCACCCCUAGCGGACGCUCUGCUCAGCGGAGACCUUGAGAAAUUUUCUAGGGUCCUGGUGGAGCAGCAGCAGGACCGAGCCCGGAGAGAGCAAGAAAGGAUUCGUCUCUUUUCUGCUGACCCUUUUGAUCUUGAAGCUCAGGCAAAAAUAGAAGAAGAUAUAAGGCAACAGAACAUCGAGGAAAACAUGACCAUAGCUAUGGAAGAGGCUCCUGAAAGUUUUGGCCAAGUAGUGAUGCUUUAUAUUAACUGCAAAGUGAAUGGACAUCCUGUGAAAGCCUUUGUUGACUCAGGUGCCCAGAUGACUAUUAUGAGCCAAGCUUGUGCAGAAAGGUGUAAUAUAAUGAGGCUGGUGGACCGUCGGUGGGCCGGGAUUGCCAAAGGAGUGGGCACCCAGAAGAUUAUUGGAAGGGUACAUCUAGCUCAGGUUCAGAUUGAAGGAGAUUUCCUGGCAUGCUCUUUCUCUAUACUUGAGGAACAGCCCAUGGACAUGCUUUUGGGACUGGACAUGCUGAAGCGGCAUCAGUGUUCCAUUGACCUCAAGAAAAAUGUGCUGGUAAUCGGCACCACCGGCUCACAGACCACCUUCCUACCCGAGGGAGAGUUACCAGAGUGUGCCCGAUUGGCAUACGGGGCUGGGCGAGAGGAAGUGCGGCCAGAGGAGAUUGCAGACCAAGAAUUAGCAGAAGCUCUUCAAAAAUCCGUAGAGGAUGCAGAGCGUCAGAAGCCAUGAUGCAUGUAGUGUGUGUGUGCUGCAGCUGGAGUGGGCCCCAGACCAG